AUGGUUUUACAAACGUCACACUACGAACUCUUGGGCCUGGAGGCAAAUUGUGAAUUGUCGGAAAUCAAACAAGCUUAUAGAGAGAAACUUUUGAGCUCACAUCCAGAUAAAAUGCAAUUUCGUGAAGAUAGCCCACGAAUUGGCGAUGGGGCCUCCAUCGAGAAGAUAAAACUAGCAUAUCGAGUGCUUUCAGAUCCAGAAAGUAGGGCACGUUAUGAUUCGCAGCUUGCGGAAUCUUACAAGAAACACGGUUUCCACAAUACUGGAGAAGGUUUAGAUUCUUUCUCGCUAGACGAUUUUGAAUACUCCACUGGCACGGAACAGUUUUGCAUGGAUUGCCCGCGUUGUCAAUCUAAAGGUGGGUUUGAACUGACAGAAGAUAUGCUGGAAGAAAACGCGAUUGAUAAUCCAAGCGGAGGCUACCUCAUCGUUGUGCAGUGUAGCGCAUGUAGUUUAUGGCUCCAGGUUACGUUCGAUGUUGUCGAAGACUGA